AUGCUUCCUGCAUCGAUACUUCGGCGUUUUCCUAGACUGCAUCUACAGAACUUAACUCAAAUGGCGAUGAGUACCGCGCCAUCCGAGAUAAUAGUUGAAAAGGAAGGUUCAAAGCGGAUUCUAACAUUGAAUCGGCCAAAGGCGUUAAAUGCACUCAAUCUCAGCAUGGUCCGAGAAAUCUACCCUCGGUUUCGGGAAUGGGAAGAUGCUGGAGACGUGGAUUUGAUUAUACUCAAAGGGUCUGGUGAAAAGGCGUUCUGUGCUGGAGGAGACGUCUUAGCAGUGAUCAGAUCUGCAAAGGAAGCUGCUGAAGGUGGUACCUGCACAGUGCAUAAAGAUUUCUUCAGAGAGGAGUAUCAAUUGAAUCACCUCAUCGGAAACUUGUCAAAGCCUUUCGUCGCCCUUAUCGAUGGGAUUGUGAUGGGUGGAGGUUGCGGCCUUUCUGUUAAUGGGCGGUACCGAGUCGCAACUGAACGCACAAUGUUGGCUAUGCCAGAGACAGCGCUGGGGCUAUUCCCUGACGUUGGAGGCUCAUAUUUCCUCUCUCGGCUCAAGAAUAAUCUCGGCUUGUAUUUGGCAUUGACUGGAUAUCGACUUCAUGGCGCCGAUGCUUUUCAUGCCGGCCUAGCCACCCACUAUGUUCCUUCUGCAAAACUCGCUGAUUUACAACGAAAGCUGCUGUCACUGGACACUGUCACAGACAAAUCUGUAGAUGCUACUAUACGCGAAUUCGAGCCAACGGAUAUCCCUACGUUUAGCUUGGAAGAACACCUCCCAGUAAUCAAUAAAACAUUCCACGCUUCGUCAGUUGAGGAAAUAUUUGCCAACUUAAAGAAGGACAACUCGGAAUGGGCUCAGAAACAGCUGAAAACCCUAUCAAAGAUGAGUCCGACCUCAAUGAAAGUGACAUUCAAGCAAUUGGAGCAUGGAGCUAAGAUGAGCUUUAGCAAGGUUUUCACGAUGGAGUAUCGGCUCACGCAACGUUCUCUUGAAGAUCACGAUUUUUAUGAAGGUUGCAGAGCAAUUCUCAUCGACAAAGACAGAAAUCCGAAGUGGAAGCCUGCGACCUUAGAAGAAGUUCCGGAUGCGCACAUAGAGCGGUACUUCGCUCCACUAGGAAGUGAAGAUAUAUCCCUCAAUGAUUCGAAUGCCAAAAUAUAG